AUUAUUAUGUGAGUUUAUUAGAAUGCUAGAAUGUUGCUCGGCCUCGUUGUGGGCUUAUGCAAUUUGAUCCUAGUCUAAAGAGGCGCUCGAGCACUGGGAGUACACGGCCUACAAUGCGAACCCUGCUUCUGAGGCGUCUUUCUACUCUCUACUUCUGCUGUCUUCUCUUGGCUUCCUCAGCCUCAGUCAGGAGAGUUGCCUCUCCUCACCUUGGCCUUCGGUCACCACCUACUCUACCUCCAUUCAGCUUCCUCAGCCUCAGUCAGAAGAGUUGCCUCUCCUCACCUUGGCCUUCGGUCGCCACCUACUCUACCUCCAUUCAGCUUCCUCAGCCUCAGUCAGAAGAGUUGCCUCUCCUCACCUUGGCCUUCGGUCGCCUCCUACCUUCUCUCCUUACCUUGAGCUCAGCUCAAGCUCGGUACGGGCUCGCCCCGUCUUCUUCCUCGCCCUCGCCUUGCUCUUCCUCCAUGUCUUCCUCUUCUUCGUCAUCUUCCCUCAUCUCCACUCGCAGUCGGUCCUUCUUGUCCACCUUCAGCGAGCAGGCCAGCACAUGCAUCUCUGCGAAUUUACUCAGUGCUAUGAACAGGAAGCCUCUAUGUCGUCGCUCUCCGCCUCCUGCUCAAGCUCAGCAGCUGCCGUUGCCCGUGGCGAGAACGCGCUGCCCCUCCUUGCCUUCUUGCUCUCUCCUUGCACGCGCCGCGGCGAGUCCAGCGCUUGCUCUGCAGCCACUUCCCCAGCUUCUCCUUG